AUGCGCAUGACCCGUAUGCGCAUGACCCGAUGGUUUAAUCCCCUGAGCUUGUCUUGCAGGCUUCAGUCUCAGAGUCGAAAAUUGAGUCGCGUCUUUAUCUUGAUCCAGAUUGUACAAUUUCGACACACAUGCAGUGACACACAAGUUGAUCAACAGCAACAAACCAUCAAUCAUAUGAAGAAUGAGCCUUGUACCUUUGGAUGCAGGUCUUGA